GAUUUUUUCUUCUACAGUGAUUGAUCAUUUCCUUGCAAUUGUUUACUUUUACAAUAUUUCCCAUAUUAGCAAAUGGAAGUAUUGCAUUUUCAGCUAACCAUUUGCCACUUACAUUACUUUUUUUGCACUUCAAUUUGAGUUGUUAUGACACCUUCCUGGUUGGGGCCUCAAAUAUGAGAUGCAAUGCGUUUUUGGUAGCAGACAUAGCUGUAUGUAGACCCUCUACAACUGCUGAGUCCAAAUCUAUGUGUGCUGAGGGCAAAUUUGAUUCACGGCAGUAUGGAGGAUUUGAUGGAUGUGACUUUUUGCUAGGGGGCAAGUUUAGAUUCCAUCACCAAAGUGAUUACAGAAUCAUCCUUCAGGAGCUCCAACCAGAGUUCCAUUGAGAAGAAAGUAAAGAUCUUUGUAGAUCAAAAAAUAUUAGAAAAGAAUAU